AUGGCCGAAGUCGUUCGGAGACGAGUAUCUGGGUGUUGCAGGACGCGAGAUGGAGGAGCCGUAGCUGCGCCUCUCGCCACCAGCCAAUUGGAACCGAGCGAGAUACUUUUCCGCGUGGAACGAUCAGCACCCUCAGCUAUUGUCUCCCCGAAUACUGCUCUGCUACGUCCGAAAAACACAUCGCCACCUUCGUCGAAGUACGCCCAGGCGGAAUCAGAAGUUGAUGGGGAUUUUGAGGCGGCUGCACGUGGCGUCGAUACGCCCCGGCCUGCAACAAGCCGCAUGCCGAGCGAGGUGUUCCUGGAAACCGCCGUGUUGGACAUCCAACUGUGUGGGAACGACCAAAUUACAUACGCGUCCUUGCCCUCAGCUUACUGUCUUGCCGUCCCCAAAGUCUCGACAAUGAAACACGGUGCUCCCGCGCAACAAAUCUCCGAAUCGACUCCCACCAACCCGAGUGCAGCGCAAGAGAGCGCCGCUACUGCAGGCGGUAUGUAA